GCGAGGGUGUAGGGAGGAAAGAUAGUUAAUAGUCUGGAUACGUUGAGUUCGACAUGCUCGGGGGCAUCCAGUUCAGCUCCGGGUGCUAGACAACAAGGCAGAAAGGCCACAUUUUGGGGAUGAAGGAAGGGAAGUUUGUCCACUUGGCUGUGACUUUGUCGUCCCCCUCCCCCAACUGCAUCGCAACAGGUCACUCAAUCUUCGGAACCUCGAGCUCCGAGAUGCAAGAGGGGAGGGGCCUGAAGGGGCGGGGCCUCCCCGGAGCCGCGACCUCGUUUCCAUGACAACAUCCCCUGCGACCUUAAACUGAGAGAGCGCGAGCAUGGCGGCUCACUCUGGAGACAAGUCCAACUUCACCUUCAGGCUCCUUCCUCAGAGAACCUUCCAGUCCCUCAACUCCCCUGACACAGUCCUGCGCCUGCGGAAGUGGUCUAUGCAAGGAAGGCUCUGUGCGCAGGCGUUCGGCUUUGACGAGAAUUUCCAGACCUAUUGCAAAGAUGAUUUCCUUAUGGCUUUUUUUAGAGACCCAAAUGUUAUUUCAGAUUUGAAAUUACUUUCAGAUUCUUCUGGACAAUGGACUAAGUUAGGAACAGAAGUAAAAAGGGUUGAAGCCAUAAGUAUUCCCUGCACACAAAUUUCAAUGUCAUUUUUUGACCGAUUAUACUCUGAAGAAAUUGUUCGAGAGAGUGGACAUAUUGUUAAGUGCUUGGAUAAUUUUUGUGAUCCUUUUCUCAUUUCUGAUGAGUUAAGAAAAGUCUUACUAAUGGAAGACUCAGAAAAAUAUGAGAUAUUCAGCCAAGUAGAUCGUCAAGAGUUCCUUUUUUGUAUUUUUAAACAUCUUUGCCUUGGUGGACUUCUUUGUCAAUAUGAAGAUAUACUUGAACCAUAUCUGGAAACAACAAAGAUUAUCUAUAAGGAUCUUGUGAGUGUUAUAAAGGAACCUCAAACCAAGAAUAUACGCGUUACUUCUGUUAUCUUUAAGGUUACAGCAUAUGAUGAAAAUGGUAUGUGCUACCCUUCAACAAAAAGUCAUGAACAAUCAUUUGCUUACUUGAUUGUGGAUCCUUUAAAACGUCACGUUAAUGUUUUGUACCAUUGUUUUGGUGUAGGUGAACUGUCUUUCUAGUUAAUAUCCCAAGUGUAUGUAUAGCUAUUCUUCUGUUUUUAUUAUUCAUUUUAUAAUGUUUAUGAGCAGUUUGGUAGAAUUCAGAUUCUGACCCAAAUUCAGUUUUUAAUUUACUUCACAUAAAAUAUAUGUACUUUAAAAAGAAAGAGAGGGGCAGCUAGGUGGCUCAGUGGAUAGAGCACCGGCCCUGGAGUCAGGAGUACCUGAGUUCAAAUCCGGCCUCAGACACUUAACACUUACUAGCUGUGUGACCCUGGGCAAGUCACUUAACCCCAAUUGCCUCACUUAAAAAAAAAGAGAGAGAGAGAAGAAAAUUGCAUUCCUUAAUGUUGGAUUUUUAUUUUUCUGGAUUACUAAUAGAGGAAUAGACUUCCAUUUCUCAUUUCCCAUAUAACACUACUAAUGAGUUCUGGAAUUCUUCCUGAAAGUUACUUAGAAUAAAAUUCUAGUCCAUAAUUAUAUAUACAAUAUAAAUCUUGUUAAA